AUGCACGCGACAUCCAAAAAGCUUACCAGCAAUCGCAGCGUUACCGACAACGUCUUCUCUUUCAUGUGUCGAAACAACGAGUACGGUUGUCACGCGACAGCCACGCCGGGUGUAGUUUGGACUGGCGUAAUAACCGAUAUUGGACUGGAAACCCCAACCGAGCAGCCAGUGACGCGGAAGCCAUCGACAGACGAGGGGAUUGAAGCUUGGGGCAUAAAAUUCAUUCUAGUGGCCGCGGAGUCUACAACCGACGUUUCGCAAGGUACACCAAGCAAGACGGGAGACGCCCAGCCAGAGCAAUUGUCCGGCCAGCCGGAACAAACGUCGGGGAAUGGUGGCUUGUCAGCGGGUGCGAAAGCCGGCAUCGCGGUCGGGGUCGUCCUCGGCGUUGCUCUCUUGGCCCUAGGAGCAUUCUUAGUGUUUCGGAGGAGAAAGAGGAGGGAUGAUAAUACCACUAGCGAAAUACAGCCAAACGUUGAUCCCCCCCCGAUUGUGGAAGCUUACGGCGUUACGGACAAGCACGAGCUGGCUGCGCCGAUUCCACCCCGCCAACUCGAUACGCCGGCACAACGUCCAAUAUGGGAAUUGCAAGGUUGA